GUGGAGCGGCUCGCCCCAACUCCAAGCACCUCACGACAUCCCCCUCCAUUAACUCCUCAACAUCGUCAAAAUGCCUCCUUCAGCACAAACGACGGGAUCAAAGACUAGGCUGGUAUCUACCCUGCGCCUGCUCAUCCCCCGCCUUCGUCUUCUCCAGAAGAAAGACACCGCCUCUUCCGUUGUCCAGCGUCGCGAACUCUCCCAGCUUCUCAGUGAAGGACGUGAACCAUCAGCGCGUAUCCGAGUCGAAAAUGUAAUCUCGACCGACAUUGCUGUGGAAGUGAUGGAGAUGGUAGAACUCUACUGCGAGUUGCUACUGGCGCGCGCCAAUGUGCUGGACCAGCUCGCGUUCGGAGAGCAGGGCACUCGCGCCAGGUUGCGCGCCAAGGAGCUCUACAGGAAAAAGAACCAAGCGCAAACGGGAACUUCAGCUGGAGGAGCGAAUACCGAAAGCUCCGGAUCUCGGUUUGGAUUUGGCUGGUUUUCAGGAUCGCAAAAGAAGGAGGCUGUUACCCCUGCGAUCACGUCUGGCGCAAAUAAUUCCGAUGAUGCCUUGACCGACGAAGACAAUGCUUAUAUGGACACUGCACUGGACGAGGCGGCUGUGGUUAUUUUCUAUGCGUGGCAUCGCUUUCCCCAUGAGUUGCGCGAGUUGACCAUGCUUCGGACUAUGCUUGGGGAACGAUAUGGCAAAGAAUUCAUGGCACUGGCACAAGACAACAAAAUUGAUUCAGCUAAAACUUUUGAAAGGGUUGCGAGUGCGCCCCCUGGACCGGAGCUUGUGGAGAGCUACCUGCGAGAGAUUGCGAAAGCAUACGGAAUCUCAUGGCCAGAUGAGGAGGAGCUCGGUGACGCCCCGCCAGAAUAUGUGGAUGACCAAGAUGAUGAUAAUGAUGAUGAUGAUGACAAUGGCGACCUGCCACAGACUCCAAUAAAGCAACAGGGCGAUCAAUCGCACCCCAGCUUUUCUGAAGCUAGACGAGCCUCCGAGACCAGUGAAUUGAACAAAGCCACGCCUCCACGAGGCAUGGCGACGGGCCGCAGCCCUGUCAGCGUGGCCCCUCCUGCUCCCAGGACGGACAAUCCAAACCCACGAGUCAAGGUUCCUGGAGCAGAGAAAGAGGGUGGAAAAGCCGCCAAGCAGGAAUCAGCACAGAGCAAAAGCAAUAACAGCGGGAUUCCCGAGCUGGACGAGCUCACACGACGGUUUGCGGACCUCAAGAGAAAACCCUGA